AGGUGAUAUAGUAUCUACAUAUACAGACCACCAGUCUUGGAGCCAUAUGCAACUUGGACCCCCUCCGACAACCCAUUGUUCUUGACUGUGGAGAUUAGGGGCGGAUAUAGCUUGAGACAAGGGUAGAUGGUGACCACCACUCAAAUCUUGGUGUUUCUAAUGGUUGCAUCCACACUACGAGCUAACGGCGACCCUCAAGUCCCAUGUUACUUCAUAUUUGGCGAUUCUUUAUUGGAUAACGGCAACAACAACCGCCUUCUCACCGAAGCAAAAGUUAACUUCCCACCGUAUGGGAUCGACUUCCCAGACGGCCCCACCGGCCGGUUUUCCAAUGGCCGAAACACCGCAGAUGUUAUUGCUCAACUACUUGGGUUCGAUAAGUUCAUCCCGCCUUUCGCAACCGCAAAAGGUGGGGAAAUCGUAACUGGGGUAAAUUAUGCAUCUGGGGCAGCUGGAAUUCGAGCUGAAACUGGACAACAUUUGGGUGGUCGAAUAAGCUUGGAUAAGCAAAUAAAAAACCACUGGAUCACAAUUUUACGACUCGCCUUCUUGAUUGGAAAGGGAAGUCUCGUUGAAACAAAAAAAUACCUUAACAAGUGUAUAUACACUGUCGGAAUGGGUAACAACGACUAUAUUAACAACUACUUCCUUCCAAAAUACUAUAAGACGAGUAGUGUAUAUACACCCGAACAAUAUGCGCAAGCUCUUAUCGAACAAUAUUCUCGACAGCUUCAGGAUUUGUACGAAAGUGGAGCUAGAAUGUUUGGGAUCUUUGCGGCUGGUUAUUCGGGUUGUACCCCAGGGAUCAUGAACGAGUUUGGCAUGAACUCAUGUGUGGAUGAGGUUAAUAGCGCAGUCAUGUUAUUUAACUCCCAUCUCAAUACGACCAUAAAUGAUCUAAACAACAAACUCGUUGAUGCGAAGUUCAUCUUACUCGACGGUUCCUUUGAGUAUCCUAAUGACUUAAAUGUCACUGAUACACCAUGUUGCGCGGUUUCAAGCACUAGUGGCAAAGGACAAUGCGCUCCAAAUCAAGUACCGUGUAGCAAUAGGCAAAACUAUUAUUUCUGGGACGCGUUUCAUCCGACUGAGAGGGUUAAUGUUCUUGCUGGAGCAAAGGCGUAUGAAACACUUUCUUCAUUUUACACUUCCAAGACUAUUGUAUUGUCUAAGGAAAAAGAAACUGGCUACAUCAGUGAAGCAUAAGGAUUCGGUCAAGUGCAUGUCGCUUCUACUUGAUUCAAAGCCGGUUUUGUGCUUUUGCCAAAUCUUUUUAUUGCGUUAGUGUUUUAUUUUAUAGCGAUCACCAGCUAUAGAUUGGUUCAUAUUGACUCAAAUAUGGGAAUAACAAGCAUGUGUUUGAAGUUAUUGUUGUAGAGGGGAUAAUGUACUUUAUUUGCAAUAAAAUCAGAUGCUUUUUCCCAAA